AUGGGUGAGGGGCACCUGAGUGCUGCCCUGCCUGGGACCGAGGAGGGAGUGACGAGUGGAUCCCAGCCACUGACAAGAGCCCCAAGUUGCAGCAGAGAUGGCGGGGCCUCAGCGGCCGGCCGUGCUGUGUGGGGCCAGAAACCCACCUCCGGCCCUGCCUUCGUUGCCGCCGGGCUCGAGGGUGUGUGGGCUUCUCUCGCUCCCCUCCAGACGGUGGGUCUGUGGCAGGCCGGCCUGGGUGUGGGUGUGUGGGACGCAGAUGCUUGGGCUGCUGGGGGUGGGCUGCCGGGCACCCCCAGCCUUCCUCCCCCUCUUUCUUCCAGGGCUGGCUCUUGCCGCUUUCCUGCCUUCCUGAUCUCCUUGGUCCCCCCCCCCCAACCCCACAAAAGACCAUGUCAUGGAAAAGCUUGCGGGGGCGUGGACAGGAAGUCACUGGGUGGGGGCCAGGCCAAGGGCAGGCAGAUAAAGGCAGGAGGCUGUCCGAGGGGUGGCCAGGCACCAGGGACAGAGCACGGACAUGGGGCCCAGAGGUCAGCAGGAGGGGCUUCUGCCCAAGCUGGUUCGUCAGCCCGUGAGGUGCCACCCCUUUGCCAGCAGCGGCUGCCACAAGGCGAGGAGCGAUGCCCCCGGGGCCUGGCCGGAAGGGAAGCUUGGGGAGCCCCAGACCGGCAUUGGGCACAUCUGGUGGUCACGCUCAGUCGGGCAAGUCAGCCAGGUUGUCAGCAGUGGAGUCUGGGGGCUGCUACGGGCCUGGGGCAAGACUCCACCCCUCACGGGGCCUCAGCUGCCCCCCCCCCGCCCCGCCCCCCACCGAACCGCAAGGUGCCCGGAUUCCUGGCCGGGCUCGCUCGGGCUCAGCAGCCUGGAGCUGUGGGUUUGCUCCGAGCAGGACGGGAGGGAGCGGCCGAUUCAGAGGCGCGAAGGGGCCCGGCGGGGGUUAGCGGGUGGGUUUUUAGCUGGCCUCGGGUAGAAGGGCAAGAAGGGAUAAUUCGCACAUGGGGUUCACGAGGACCCACCUCUUUGACCGCCACAGGACGGGGCCGGAGGAGGGGCUGAGCUGGGAGCGGUAUCGGCCUCAGCAGCGACACGUCCGGGGUCGGCGCGCCGGUGGGUGGGCCUGGCUCCCGGCGCGGGUCCUCAGGCUCGUCUCUCUGGUCACCGACCGGCCUCCAGGGGGCCGAGGAUUGGCCCGGCGUCACGUGGCGGGGGUGGGGCUAGCGCUGGCCCCGCCCCCUCCGAGCCUCCCGCGCCCCCCGCUGCGCCCCCGGGCCCCAGCGCCAGCGGAGCCGCCGAGCGAGCGUGGGGAGCCGGCCCGCGCGGCACCGCGCACCCGGACGGAGAAAGGGCUGAGGUGGGGGGCCGGUGAGCGGAGUCCGCGGAGAAACGGUCAACAUUCAGACAUACGAAAUGGAGAUCAUCACGGGACCCAUCCUAACCCUCCAGCCUGGCCCUCAAGGGUGCACGUGGGAGCCGGGGUCAGGGGCACCUGCCCACCUCUGUGGGUUCCAGCAACAGGACAAAACCGGCGCAUGGACGGCUGUUUCCAUGCAUUUGUAUUUAGUAUUUAAAAACAAUGUAUAUAUACACACGUGUCUA